CGUAAUAAGGGUCGCACAUGGGGAGCCAAGCAACACUGAAACAGAGGCCUUCCUCGACGCUGCUCAGUUGCGCCGUCGGACAUAGACUAUAGGGUGAGGUAACAUUUAAUUUGUACUCCAACUAUCAUCGUUUAAAGUUUUAUUCAUCUAUCGCCGAAGAAUUCUUGACGUCAUGUACUUGCUGUGGCUCCUGGCCCUCUUUAUGUUCUCCUUGUCUUCAGACUUCCAGGAAGUACAAGGAGGCUGUGCUGGCCGGAUGCUGGAUAUUGCCAUUCUCGGGGACAUAUCUAAGAGUUUGAAUCGCGAUGACCUUUCAAAGUUCAGAAAAGUUGUUAUUGCCAUGAUAAAGAGAAUAGGCGUGGAACCCAAAGGCAAUCAUUUUGGUCUCAUCACGUUUGCUAAUUCGGCCUGGCGACACAAUCUCUUUAAGCAAACUAAAUAUCAGGACGAAGAAAAACUACUCGAGCUGGUGAGAGAGAAGAUUAAGAACAUUGCCAAAAAAGUGGGCACCCGCACUGACUCAGCCCUUAGAUUAGCUCGGAGCGACCUGUUUAACCCUGAUAACGGAGACAGGAAAGAAGCCGAUAAUCUAUUGUUCCUUUUCACGGAUGGAAAACCCUACGGACAUAAUACCGCCGAUAAAGAACUUUUCCAACGACUAUCGCAAAAUUUGGAGGUAAGUGAACGUUCUUUAAUAACAUAACAUGACUUAUCUUUGAAAUGACUUAAAGAUUUUGUAACAUUUUCGUAAAAUAGUGGAGAAUGAGCAGUCUAGUGUACCAUGAGAAAAACAACCGGAACUACAACCUCAAGGCAUUGCAGCACUAGCCAUAAACAUUCUCUUUUUUUACCAGAAGAUUGUUUUCCUGGCCCAGGCUGAAUAUUCUUAUUCUUCUGCCGAUUCUAGGCUCAAAAUAUUCUUUGAAUAUUUUUAGAUUAUAGGAAUAAAAAGUGGACUAUGCCCACAAAACGUCAAAUUAUCUGUUCUAUCAUGACUUUGAUGGCAUUGAAGUCAUUUUUGAGCCAGACUGCAGGCAAUACAGCCUGAUAUGACAUACAUAAAUCUUGCAGAAAUGUUAUGACAUCGAACCUACGCCUAGUGCUGUUUUUGUUGUUUUUUUUUUUGGCUGAGUUUGCCGCUCAGGGAAGGAAGAAUUUUUAUACAGUUUUUUUUAUUGUAUUAUAUCGUGUUUACAAUUUUUUUUUCAAAACAAACAAAUGAUGUGUUUUUUUUUUCAAAAUCUCAGCGUCGGCUUCAUUCUUAAAAUAUUCUAAAAUUUUCGUAAAUUUUAGCCUCGAUAUUGUUAUAAAGUAUAUUCUUGUAAAAAGAAACAGUUUAUGGCGUAUAGUCAACCAAGAUAACACGUUAUGGUGCUGGUUUUUCCUGAGCUCUUCAUUGAAUCUGCUUGCUCAAAUGUUCGAUAGGCUUUAACAAUCAUUCUCGUGGCAAAUAAUCAGUGUCUUUUUGACAAAUGUCCAAAACAAGAAAAGAGUAAAAAACACAAUGCACCGGGUAAAAAAUAUUCACUUGAUGAUUUGCGUUUUAUCGUGACUCUAUUAUUUACAUUCUUCUUCAUACAGGCAAUGGCCUUACUGUAAUGCUUAAGGUGAUUCCCUAGCAAAUGAACUCGCCAUAGAUUUCCGAUGAAACUUGGUAUGC